UGCUUUAGAUCCACUCCAUAAAAAUCUGCCUGUCUUUUUAAACGCAGAGAAGACAGGAUUAGAGCGCUCAGCUUUAUCUCUGGCCUGUCUUUCAUACUUUUCUGUGAUCCUAUUCCUCUCCUCACUCAAACAUCUCUCAUGUUGUUUUUUCAGCUCUCUUUCUUUUUCCUCCAGCAGUUCUCUCAUCCUCUCUGCUUGUCUCUCAUUCAUGUCCUUCAUUCUCUGCUCAUUCAUCUCCUGCUUCUGUAUAUGCCUCCUCAUCUUCUCUCUCAAAUCAUUCUCACACUGUUUUUUCAGUGUGUACAGCUCUCUUUCCUUUUCCCCCCUCUCUCUCAUCCUCUCUGCUUGUCUCUCAUGCCAUUCCUUCAUUCUCUGCUCAUUCAUCUCCUGCGUCUGUCUUCUCAUUACCUCUCUCAAAUUAUUUUCAUACUGUUCUGACAGUUUGUACAGCUCUCUUUCUUUUUCCUGCUUCUCUCUCAUCCUUUCUGCUUCUCUCGCCUCCCUCUCCCUAAUGCUCAUCUCAUGGAUCAUCUGCUGCUGCCUCCACAUCUCUCUCUCUUGCCUUCUCUCUCUCUCUCUAUCAGCCUGGAGUUGAUCUCUUAGUGUCUUCAUCUCUCUUUCGAACUUUUGCUGUAUUUCCUUCUCAAUUUUUUUUGUUUCAUUUUGGAUUUCCUCCUCUUUCUCCUUCAUGAUGCGUUCUUUCUCCUCAUCAACUGCCCUCUCAGCCUCUUGGAACAUCUCGUUGGUGUAGUGGGCUCCUCCGUUUUUCUGCACAAUCUCUCUGAUCUUUUGGAGCAGCUUGGUGACCUGACUGUGAUCUUUUUUGUUUCUGUUAUUGAAGACAUGGUACUGGUUGUUACACCUGGUGACAAGCUCCUGCAGAUCUGGACUUUCAGCCAAGAAGUCUUCAAUAGUUUUUUGUUCCAUCUCUAACUCGUCUCCACCAGUAAAGAGAACCAUGCUGUAUCUGUCUGCUGCCUGGCCAAAGAUCUCUUGAAUUCUUUGCACUGUCUGCUUCUCCUCUUCAGUGAAUCUACCCAGCCGGAUGACCACCAGAAACACAUGGGGACCAGGAGAAGCAUACGUAAUGCACUGGCUGAUGUCUACAGCCGUCUCUUGCAUGCUAAACCUAGUAUCAAAAAAGCCUGGGGUGUCAAUCACAGCCACCUUUUGUCUGCCCACUGUGCCUCUUCUUUUUGAACUCCCCACAGUCAUGGACUGAGCACUGAAUUUUGAUUCAAAGCAGUCUUCUCCUAGGAUGGUGUUUCCAGAGGCACUUUUCCCAGCUCCAGUCUUCCCCACCAUCACUAUUCUCAACUCAUCAUUAUUUGUAAUGAUGUGCCCUGUGUAAAAAGUUAAAGAGACAGGAUAAGGUCCUUUACAUUUUGUCCUGAACUCAAACAAAGAUGGAAAAGAAACACAGAUUGAGAUAUGAUUCAGUCAUUUAGUGCUCUGUCAACCUCUGGUGCUCAACAAAUCAGUUAUAUUUUCUAUUCAACACAGUUUACCCAAAAAGGAAGAGGCUUAACACCAGUGAAGUUGCCAAAGUCACCAAAAUCAGAUACUGUUGGUUGUUUUUCUCAGCAUUGUUAUUAUAUCAAAUACAAAAGAGUUUGGCUGACCAGUUUCACUUUUAAACUCCUCUGAUGAAUAAUCUUCUGAAAAGGAACUUUAUUCUUUGGUUAAAAAAAUGGCCUUUUUAUUAUUCAUAUACUAUUAUAACCCAUCCCUUCAUUGAAAUCAAAAUUUAAACUACAUAUGUUCACCUACAUCUCUUAUGUAGAGUUACAUGUACACAGAUGGAUACAUUUAGAGGUGUUUUUAACUGUGAUUAGCAGUUAAGAGUUUUAAAAGGUUUAAUCAAUGGCUUCUGAGUUGCAAAGAAAUGAAACCUUUUUAUUUACAAAUUUCUCAAAUGUUGUCCAAAAUGUCUUUUUUUGGUUAUGAUUUUAGAACAAAAGCAUCAAUUAGAAAAUAAUUUUUCAUCCUUCUUAAUGAAGCAUUAGUAUUAUUUGAGUAACUGUUGUGCAGCCAUGAGAUAAAACAUAUCUUUCUUGACUUUGAAAACAUGAAUAAUUUGUCAUAACUCACCAAGGUUGCCGGCCAUGUAUGGGUCGGGAUAAUGUUGACGCAUGUUGAAGUAUCUGUAGUUCCUGGUAGGAGACCGCGGGUAAGACACCUCUGGGUCCUCCAGAGAGAGCUGGCCAAGGUGGCUGUAAAUAGGGAAGUCUGGGCUUCUCUGCUCAGGCUGCUGCCCCCGCGACCUGACCCCGGAGGAGUGAUUGAAGAUGGAUUGAUAGUUUCUGGCCAUGUUUGGGUUGUAAUAGUUGCUGUCCAUGCACAGGUUUGAGAGUACUGAGUUGAAGUAAAGAUACAAAGCUCUCUGAGUCCGAGUCUGUCUGCUGUUAUUUUAAUUAUGUCUCUGAACCAGCCCGUACAGAGAUUUUACAUAUUAAAGUGAAAGUGCAGCCAGCAGUUUUCCCCCACGCUUGCAGUUGAUUAACAGCAAGGCAUCAAAGUCCAGCCUUAUCAUAGCAAUUGAGUCCAGCCUUAUCAAAGAAUCAAAGUCCAGCCUAAUCAAAGCAGUAAAGUCCAGAAGUUGACACUUAAUCAUCAAAGUUGAUGCCUCAGUUAAAAGCGCCACCCUCUGCUGUAUCGUACCCAUCAACUUAACCUCUGUGUGUGGAAAUAACUGGACUUUGACGAGACAGACUUUAUUGUCAUUCAGUAUGCAGCAGGUGUAAUUGUAAUCAAAUUUUGUUUGGAGAGGCCUCAGUUUACAGAUUGAAGUACAGUGCAGAUAUAUGUACGAAUUAUAUGUACGUAUGUGUGUGUGUGUGCAUAUAUACAUUUAUAUAUAUACAGUUGUGAGUGAAAGUCAGGGCACCCCUUUAAAAAAAGCAUAGUUUAUUUAUUAAAAAAAUAACCUUGAUAUUUAUAGUCUCUCUGGUAAAUAGGAAAAAAAGACAAUAUUACCAGAAAUCAUGAAUGCACAGUUACUUUUUAUUUUACAAAAAGUACAAAAUUACAAAAAUAAAAAUCAUCUUCAAUGUAUUCAAUGUCCCCAUGGGGAAAUUCAUUUUCACUGAUUGUACAUUACAAGGAGACAACGCUGGACAUCACAGACAAUAACAGUAUUCAGUUGACAUGGCAGUAAAGAACAGUGACAAUAACAAUACAGUGACGGGCAGACAGAUCAGCGAGGCCUGCUGUUCAGGGCGGCUAUGGCUGCAGGGAUCAGGCUUCUCACCAGGCGAGCCCUCCUGAACUUGAUUGAUCUGUACCUGUGCCCUGAGGGUAGUGGGAUGAUGUACUGGUGUAGUCGGUAGGUGAUGUCCUGUACUAUGGUGUGUCUAGGCCAGUGAUGGACCCGUUGUUUAGUUCUGAGGUUGGGUGCAGGGAGUCCAAAUAUUUUUGCAGCUGUUUACAUAAAAGUCUUUGUGGUAAAACGUGGCAUACUUCCAGGCUCAUGUCUUUGCACUCUCCUUUUGUCCCUCUAUCUUCCUAGCUGUGCGAUGUUGUGGAACCUUAAAUUCAUGUUUUCCUUCCCAAGGUGUGUCCCUGUGAUCUUCUGAUGGUUGCAGACCCCAUGUGCUAAGUGCUGGCAGGGGAGGAGGGGGCGUUGUGGCUGUACCCACCAGUGUCUGGACUGCCUUCAAGUUCUGAACACAUCCUAACAGGUCCAAACACAUUCCUAAGAAGGUCAAAGAGUUUCAAACAAGGUCCAAACACAGUUACAAACAAGUCCUAACAAAGGUCACGUGAUGUAGGAGGGGGUGGGGUUAUCCCUUUAGAAUAUCAGCCAUAAAUGUCACCACAAAACAACUGAAAAAGGCCCUGGAGAAUAUUGAUGCUUGUCCCCUGCAGAUCCACAAAAGGACCUGUUUGGGAGAAGCAUAGACAGCAUUUCAUCCCGAUGACACCAUGGAUGAGAGAAUGUUGAUUUUAUAAGUCUAGAAGUAGAUUUCCUACUCUGGAAAAGACACAAUCUACUGCUUUUAUGGUUAGCCUACAUGGCCAAAGACAACUUGUUAAUGCGUGAUUGCAUGUGAAUCCGCGGGUUCUUAUGAGUUCUUGCAAUUCCUGUUGUCCGUAAUCCGCCACAAAAUUCGCCUCACAAUCGGAGCCGGUAGGAAUUGGAGUACGGCGAAAAAUUGCUGAUCGGAGCCGUUCCGGAUGCGGUGGAAAUCCCGGGUUAGGGUUGGCUUAUUGAGUAAUACUUUCAAUUAAUUCUAAAUAAUCUUAUCGCAGCAUAAACUUUCUAUUUCCUAAUGAGAUGUUUUUUAAAUUUUCUUGACCACCUUUAUCUCUUAACCAGCUUUUGUUUCAGGGGCACGUGGUUUUACUUAUGCUUAGUUCAAGCUUUCCAAAACAAUUUCACAGGGUUAUCUUUAACCUCAAGGGUACACUGAAGAAAACAAUGCCAGUCCAAAAAGAAGGAGUGUGAUGUUACAAUAUGAUAAGGCAGUUUGUGCCAAGAUACACUGUGUAGUCAGGGCCUUGCUUCACAACAGCUGUGACUGUGGUGAAUUACAUUCAUCUCCUCUGUUGUUAUGUCUUUAUCUGUAUCCUCUUGGAAUAAAAAAGAAAUUUAAGCCACUAAUAGAGAAAUUAUUCUUUGACAAAGUCAUAUUAAAUUGUUGUUGCAGCUACAUAUUAGGGGCGUGACAGUGUGAGAAAGUAAGUGUGAGGGUGUGAGUCUAAGUUUGGUAUUAUGUGUCACUCGGCCUUUGCCUCAGUAUGCCAGAAACAUUUGUAGUGUCCCUUUGAAUAUCACAGGCUUAUCUCUGAGCUCAAGGACAAAAGGAAGGAAACAAUGUGUCAUUAACACUUCUCAGUGCACCAAGGUUUCUUUCAAGGAAGUCUGCUUCUUUGCUGACUUAUAUUUGAAAGUUUUGCAGGGAUUUACUUUGUGAAAACAUACUUGUAUCACCCUAAAAGGUCAUCACCGUAGCUUUUCACAGAAACAUGGCAUUGUCUGACCAUUAAAGAAAGUAGCCAGCCCAAGGUAUCAGGGCCAUAUUUCUUCCUCCCGGGGAAAAUUGGCUAAAAUUUGGUGGCUUCUGGGACAUUUUAGCACUUCUUUUCUAUUAUGUACACAAAUUAUUAUGAUUACUUUACAUAAAUUAGUAUUAGACAGUAUGCAUUAUAUCCAGUGUUGUGCUAUUUACUGAAAAAGAGUAACAAGACACAGUAACUAGUUACUUUGUAAAAAAAAAAAGAAAAAAUCUCAGUGACUCAGUUAUCUAAACCAACAAGUAAUGCGUUACUGAGGAAGUAACUAUUUAUUCACUGUCAAACGUUCUUCUAGUGCUCCCAUCACAUAAGGGUGAAUUGAUUGAGUUCCCCUCUAGCCCUCAUUUCAGUUUUAUACUGAUACUGAAUAAAAAAAAAAACUGUUGAUUAAAACAAUCUUUCAAAUUCAUUUGCAUCCACAUCACCAAAUCUAAUCAUCCAAGCAAUAUGAUCCGUUGUGCACCAGCACAAACCUUGACACUGACACCAAAAUUUUACCAUUGGACUCUUGGAAUAAUAGCCUGAUGGUGCUAAAAGAAAUCCAAAUAAACAAUUAAACAUACCAUGCUACUGUUUUAUCAAGUUGAUACUGAUGAUUCUCCUCAUGUCUAAAGGGGUGUGUCACUCAUACAUCACAUUAUUGUUCUGAUUUGGAGAGGGACACCACAGUGCAAUUUGUGUUUAAAUUAGAAAAUAGUGAAGCUUUAUAUUUGAGUUGUAUCUGCUGCUUUGGAACAAAAGUCCUGAUGACAACCUGCAAAAAACAACCAGCUGUUUGGGUCAGCUGCCAAGUUCUCCAUCCUAUUGUAACAAAACAAAUCGAAAAAUGAACAUAUUUAUGAUUGCAAUAGUUGCAAUAGCAACAUAAAACGGCUGUUAAUAAUUUCCAUCACAUACUGUUGUUUAUUUUUAUAGUAGGAUAUAAUUGAAUAAGUAUGAGAGAAGACAAACUCUCUUAAAGCUAAGAGGGGGUGUAAAAUAGGAACAUUUUGACAUCUAGGUGAAGGGGAGAUUCCCCUUGUGGGACUAAUAAAAGAGUAUCUUAUCUCUUCGCAAUCAGGUGCUGGAUUAAAAUGCUCCCUUACCCACCCCUGCUGUUGAAGUUCAAGAAGAGACAGUGGCCUGAAAGAACAAGAAACUCCAGUGAUGCAUGAUCAGUGAAGUUUUUAUCAUCAAAUUCAUCUAAUAGUUUAAACUAUUUUAUGCACAAGAACAGGUACGUUUGCCCACUCUGUGCUCCGAUAGAAACAUGGUGGAAGGAGACCUGCUCCCAUGUAGAUAUAAAAAGCUAAUUUGAAGUAAAAAAUAAUAAUAAUUUGAAUAUGCAGGUCAUAAUUCAGUGACCUUGAGUAUUAUAUGCCAUAUCUACCAUGUCUGUUAUGCUGAAUAUGAUCAAAUACUACACACUGCACCUUUAAUGGGUUUGAAAACAGUACUUUAUCAGUUUUAAUUACUUUGAAUGAAAGCAAUAAUUUGUGCUUAUGAAAGCUGAUGAAGCUCUAUCAGUGCCUGAAGGACAAAAGGCAGCUGGGAAUGAGAGUCUCAGGCUGUCCUUCAAGAGAUGAGGAAUGUCCAUUUGGUCCAAAUGGCCAGCUGCCCAUCCUACAGGGUCUAGGUGAAACCGAAGUGUGAAGUUGUUAAGGCCAAAGGGUUUGUGUUCCCCUUGAGGAGGUCUUAAGGUGGACCCCUCAAUAAACACCUGAUUUAAGGGUCUCCUGUGGUAACUUGCCAGUUAUUACAAGUCUUGACCUGUCGUCUUGAUAAUGUGUACAUAUGGGAGGUGUUAAGUGUUUUAUAUGAUCAUGUACAAUAUGGAUUGUGUGAAACUUUUAAAGCAGGCAGCUGUCAUAAACAGUUUUUAUUAAAGGAGAAGUCAGCUGAGUCCACUGGGACACACACGACAGCCAGAAGGAAGAAUCCAAGACGAAAAAUUCACAAGUUUAUCUUUGUCCUCCUGCACAAUACAAGGCAGACAAUACUACAGUUGUUUUACAAAACCCUUGUGAUGACCUAUAGAUGUAAAAAGUUCACCUGUCUUAAGUCUGGAAUAUUCUAUAAACAAUAAUGACCAUCUGCUCAAACUCUGACUUGUAUAACACUUGAUUUCAAACAUAUAACCUUUUUAACGAAACAAAAGAGAAAAUAUAAUGUUAGGGGUUGUAUUUAUAUGGAAAUGGAAUGAGAAAUAUACUGUAUUUUAAGAUUUCAGCUGAAAUUUUAUUGUUUUUAAUCAUUCAUUGAGUUCAGGGUCACUUGAAUGUCAGAAUAAAAGCAGAUGCCAAUCCAAGGCCUGGUUUACAGACCAGUGGUCACACGAGGGUCAUUGUGGUCUGCAUCUUCAUGUCCAUAUACAGGUCUUCCCUGUGUUUCCAAGUGUCCUUUGUUUUCUUCUUUGCUCUUAUUGGGCAGCUGUGAGCUAAGCCCCACCUCCUGGAUGUAUAAAACAGCAUUCAGCGAGAAGAGUAACAACAGGAACAUAACCUCUACAGGUAAAUACAUCACUUUUUUAUUUAAUACAGCUAUAGAGUGACAAACAUAAAAUAUUAUUUUUGUUUUGUUUUCAUUUCAGAGACCCAGGCGGAUAAAUCUGUCAAGGAGAGGACACCAGGUAUGUCCUUGAGGGACUUAUCAGAAGAUAAUCAUUUGAUUUCUAUUUUUUUAAAGGGCAUUUUAUUUAUUAUUUAACUAACAAUACAAACACAUAUAACCUUAAGGGAGCUUGUGCAGUAUAUCUAAAGCACAAUGUUUGGUAAUUGUGAUUCAUAUGAGUUCAUCUUUAAAGUCGACAACUUUACCCUCUUCCUGAAAUAAUUGAUGUUGCUUAAUCUUUAUGAACAUUUCAAACCAAUGAUAUUAAACUCAUUCAGUAGAAAUCUAACCCUGCUAAACCAGGGCACCAAAUAGACAAACUGUCUCUGUUUGCAGCUUUCAGGAUGUCGGGGGACGCCCUCAUGGCGGAGUUUGGGUCUGCUGCUUCUUUUCUGAGAAAGUCAGAUAAGGAGCGGCUUGAGGCUCAGACUCGACCUUUUGACAUAAAGCGUCAGUGUUUCGUACCUGACCCAGAGGUAGAGUACGUCAAAGCCACAGUCACCAGCAGAGAUGGCGGCAAAGCCACCGUUGAAACAGAGUUUGGAAAGGUAAGUCUGAGAAUAAGUGAGAAUGACUCAAUGGUUGAACUUUUCAAACAGUUAAAAACUGAGAUGUUUUCCUUGUUAAAUCUCCUUAGACUGUCACCCAUAAGGAGGAAGAUAUCCACCCUCAGAACCCGCCCAAGUUUGAUAAAAUUGAGGACAUGGCGAUGUUCACCUUCCUCCACGAACCUGCUGUGCUGUUUAACCUCAAAGAGCGAUAUGCAGCAUGGAUGAUUUAUGUGAGGAAUGACCAUUAACACAAUGAGAUCUCCUCUGUUUUUAAAUCUUCACUUCAUUUGGAUUUUCUGAAAUAUUUCAGACCUACUCAGGCCUGUUCUGUGUGACUGUUAACCCGUACAAAUGGCUGCCGGUCUACGAUCAGGCUGUUGUCAACGCCUACAGAGGGAAGAAGAGGAGCGAAGCCCCUCCUCACAUCUACUCCAUUUCUGACAAUGCGUAUCAGUACAUGCUGGCAGGUGUGUCAAUUUAUUUAUUAUAUCAAUAAAAAUCUCUGAGACCACCUCAAUGUUCAGCUAAAAAAUAUCUAAAACUUCAAACUUUGUCUUAAAUUUUGCAGACAGAGAAAACCAGUCAAUCCUGAUCACGUAAGGCUUUUAAUCAACCGACCAGUCAUACAAGAAAUUAAUCAAUCAUAUAGCAAGCACAUGAAUUUAACAUUUGGGUUUGAUGUAAAUGCAAAUGUUCAGUUUGUUCACUUCUCCUGGUUGUUUUUUAGUGGAGAAUCUGGUGCUGGAAAGACUGUGAACACAAAGAGAGUCAUUCAGUACUUUGCCAGCAUCGCAGCUGUUUCUGGCAAGAAGGAUGCUGCUCAGGAGAAAAAGGUGCGUUUGACAUUCAGACCUUAAAGACUCAAUAACUUAGAUAUUUCAAAUACAUGAUAAAUCAGCUUUUAACUUUAUAAAUUCAAUUUAUACAUUCAUCAAAUAUUCAGGGGACCCUGGAGGAUCAAAUCAUCCAAGCUAACCCCGCUCUGGAGGCUUUUGGAAAUGCCAAGACCAUCAGGAAUGAUAAUUCUUCCAGAUUUGUGAGUUCUAGGUCACUUUUUGCAGGGGUGGAAGGUAAACUAAUCAUAUUUGUUCAUGCUUAUAUUUGUACAUAAACUUUCUUUAGUCAUUUUCUGUUGAAAGCACUUGAAGCCCUACAUUAAAUAUAGGAUCAGUCAAUUAGUAAAUAAGUGGCUCGCAGCCAGCUGAUUGGCUGAUGCUUAUAAUGCAAAAACACCAAACUUUUUUGUCAAAACAUCCCAUUACACUAAAUUUGAGCUAUGCUGGCAUUACAAAUGCACAUCUUAUUUUGGUUAAUGUCAAAUCAAAGUGUUCUUGAGAAGUUCCUUGCAGGAUAAGUAUUACAUCGUGCUUUAAGGAACUUAUUCGGAAAACUUUGCUCACUGCAUAUACAGCGAUUUUAACUCAUUACAUCUAAUGUAUGUCUUUAUUUUUGGUUUAGCCUCUCUGCCCAGCCAGACAUAACCUCAGUGUCUAAGGACCAUCUGCAAAGUGUAAUACUGACAAAAAGACCUGUUUUCUUUAAAGAUUCUUGAAAUAGCUAUACGAUCAAGAAGCUCCACAGCUUACAGAUGACUAUUGAAACAUAAACAGACAGAAAAUAGGCCAAUCAAAUGUCCCCUUUGUUAUCCAGGAAAAACUUUUCUAACUGUUCAGUCUUGUUUUUUUCUUGAAGGGUAAAUUUAUUCGAAUCCACUUUGGUGUCAGUGGAAAACUGUCUUCUGCUGACAUUGAGACCUGUAAGUGAGAAAUGAACAUCUCCACUGUGCAGUAAAUCACUCUGAUACAGUAAGAGCUCUAAAAUCUGAUUUUGUGUUAUUUUUGACAGAUCUGUUGGAGAAAUCUCGGGUCACUUAUCAGCUGAAGGCUGAGAGAGAUUAUCACAUCUUCUACCAGAUUUUGUCCCAGAAGAAACCAGAGCUGCUGGGUGAGUGAAACAGAAAAUUGUUCAACCCUGAAAGAGAGUCUCUCCAUCUGUUUUUUUUCCUCUGUUGACAGCAAAUUGAUAAACAUCUUGGCAUUUAAAUAGAAUAGAUUUGUAUUCUUGUACUGGCUCAUUGUCUGAUCAAAAGGCUGAAUAUUUUAGUAUCAGUAUUCAUGUUUGGUUUGAUGUGCAUCCACCAACACUGCACUGCAAGGAAGCUUUGGCAACUUCAUGUAAGAGUGGUCCCUCUAGUGUAUUUGGCACUAAAUGGUUAGCAUUUACCUGUGUUGGCGUACACUAUGCAAUAUCUCCCCCUUUUGUGUGUCUUACUAUAAUUUUGUGAAAUGUUUUGAUUGUUUGUAUGUGUUUUAAGAUGUAUUCCUACUAGGACAGGAGUAAAAAAUAGAGUUUUUCAUUUGUUUUUACCCUUUAUUUGUACUGACUUCCUGAUAUGAUGUGUGGGGUUCCAUACUGAUAAAAAAUGAAGAGAUAAGAAUGUCUCACAAACAGAAAAUUAGUAUUUUUCUUCUUUUUUUGUCAGAGAUGCUGCUCAUAACGAACAACCCAUAUGACUACUCAUUCAUCUCCCAAGGAGAGACGACUGUAGCCUCCAUCGACGAUGCAGAAGAGCUGAUGGCUACUGACGUCAGUGAUUGUGUUAGAAGUCCAAAUGUAAGGUUUUAACAGUUAUCUCAGAUAUAUUUGUUGUUUUGUUACAGGAAGCUUUUGAUGUUCUGGGAUUUACCCAAGAGGAGAAGAACGGCAUCUACAAGCUGACAGGAGCCGUCAUGCACUACGGGAACAUGAAGUUCAAGCAGAAGCAGAGAGAAGAGCAAGCGGAGCCUGACGGCACUGAGGGUGAAAAAACACAAAAGAUGUUUGUUUUUAUGAAUUCAAGUAUACCUUCAAGAAAUUCCUGUUCCUGACACAUAAUCUUGAUUCAGUGUAUCUCCAAACAACCUUCAUUUAUAGAUGUGGACAAAGUUGCAUAUCUAAUGGGUUUGAACUCUGCUGACCUCAUUAAGGGUCUGUGUCACCCACGAGUGAAAGUGGGCAAUGAGUGGGUGACCAAAGGUCAAAAUGUACAGCAGGUAAGUUUAAAGGGUGAAGGUUUGAGGGUUUCAUUUCUCUAUAUUUGUGUUUGAAGAAUACAGAUUUGAUCCUUUAAUUGAUAUAUAGGUGUACUACUCAAUCGGUGCACUGUCCAAGUCUGUGUACGAGAAAAUGUUCCUGUGGAUGGUGGUGAGAAUCAACCAAUCACUGGACACCAAGCAGCCUCGCCAGUACUUCAUUGGUGUGCUGGAUAUUGCUGGAUUUGAGAUCUUUGAUGUGAGUUGGAAAGAUUUCACUAAGAAUAAACUUUGAGAAAUACCUACUCAUCCUCUUUUUUCUAUAACAUUUUCAGUUCAACACCUUUGAGCAGCUGUGCAUCAACUAUACAAACGAGAAGCUGCAACAGUUCUUCAACCACCACAUGUUUGUGUUGGAGCAAGAAGAAUACAAGAAAGAGGGCAUCGUGUGGGAGUUCAUCGACUUUGGCAUGGAUUUGGCUGCCUGCAUUGAGCUCAUUGAGAAGGUAAGUGUGGAGUUAUAAAACAAACAUAAGCUCUUCUCUGACAGAUUUGCAUUUCAUUAACUGAAGACAUGCUGCUUCCUCCAGCCCAUGGGUAUCAUGUCCAUCCUUGAAGAGGAGUGCAUGUUCCCCAAAGCCAGCGACACUACCUUCAAAGCCAAAUUGUAUGAUAACCACCUGGGGAAGAGUCCAAACUUCCAGAAACCCAGAGUUGUUAAAGGGAAACCAGAGGCUCAUUUCUCCCUGGUUCACUAUGCUGGUAUUGUCGAUUACAACAUCUCUAACUGGCUCGUGAAGAACAAAGACCCUCUGAAUGAGACUGUAGUUGGGCUGUUUCAGAAGUCCACCAUGAAGCUGCUGGGUACCCUGUUUGCUGGGUACACUGGUGCAGAUUCAGGUGAGAGAUCUUUGAUGCAAUAUUCUUUGAGCUGUUGAAAAUGCCACAAAUGAAAAUAAAUCACUCUUACAUAUCUAUAAUAUCCAUGAAGCCACUGAUGGAGGUGGAAAAGGAGGAAAGGGAGGAAAGAAGAAAGGUUCUUCCUUCCAGACUGUGUCUGCUCUGCACAGGGUAAAACACAUCUGUUUGUUUUUAUAGGUAUCUCUUUGUAAAGAGCAGGUUUAAUGUUUUUACCCUUAUUAACAGGAGAACUUGAACAAACUGAUGACUAACCUGAGGUCCACUCAUCCCCACUUUGUACGCUGCAUCAUCCCCAAUGAGACAAAGACUCCUGGGGCCAUGGAGAACCCUCUGGUGAUGCACCAGCUGCGCUGUAACGGUGUGCUGGAAGGCAUCAGGAUCUGCAGGAAGGGGUUUCCCAACAGGAUCCAGUACGGAGACUUUAAACAGAGGCAAGAUGUCUUUAUCGCUCUUUUGAGAUCAUUUUUAUAGCUUUAAUUUAUAAACUUUUAUUAUAUUUGACCAGUAGAAAAUAAAGAAAACACAGACAGGAAUUUAUUAAUAGAUUACAAACCAUUGGACAAGUACACAACAAUGUUACCUGAAAAAAUCUGAUAGUACUGUGGAAGUUGACCAGACUGGACUCUAGACUGAAGUCUCACCAGGAAAUGACAUGAAUUAAAGGCAAGUGACGGUAAUGCAACUUGAUUGAGUGCCAACUGCUGUAAAACCCCAAAGAAGUGGGUGUGGAGGAGUGUCUCAGUCACGACCAGUAGUUGUGAAUUUAUAUACUGUUAAAUAAUUCCGAAGUCAGUUUUUCUUAAUAAAAUUAAAGAAAAAUGUGAAAUGGAAAGAUAAAAUUGAAAUUUAAAGGGGACCUGCCACCAAAAUUUCAUACCCAUUUUUAUCAUUUUUUCAUAAUCCUUGAUGUCCUCUGAUCAUGUUUGCAACAUAAUUUUAGCUGAAAAGUUAUUUGAUGGUUUGUUUUAGUAUGCCUAAAAAACCUUACAGGAAAACCAACUGAUUUUGGCUCAUUAACAUUUAUGGUAAUGAGCUUUGCCCUGAUUGGAUCGCUGCUGUGCUCUGAUUGGCUCAGCAGUGGAGGUUCGGAUUUCGGUUUAUCCAUUGUUAUUAUGCUAAUGCUAAUAGCAUAUGCUAAUGUGUGCUGAAGUAAGGUGCCCAGAUGUCUGUAAUGAUAUCCGGGGAUAUCCGGUGCGGCGGCGGCGGCGGUGCAGGGGCUGCAGGGGCUGUGUGAUCACAGACAAAGUCUCGGUACUAUUUAGUAGCAGUGCAUGCCCCUUGUAAUAACCCCCGUAAGAACUGUUGUUCAGGACUGCUUACUUGUGCUUCCUACCUAUUCGGCUACUGUAAUAACCGUUGUUCGAGCCCACACGCAACAUUUUUGCUCUCAUUCAUGAAACGCUUAAAUCGGGGACAUUUUCGGGGACAGCUUUUGCCGGGGACAGGUCAUCCAAUACGGGGACUGUCCCCGGAAAUCGGGGACGUCUGGUCACCUUAUGCUAAAGGCUAAAAACGGCAGGUAUUAAACCAUAUAUGUUAGACCCCGAGUCCGAAGAGGAGGUGGAAGUUGAAGAAGAAGCCGGAGAUCUCCAGCGGUGUUUUCUCAUUCAUUCUGUCCAGCUUUAAGUUCAUUUUCCCGGCAGUGAACCCAAGGAAACACCGAUCGUUUGGAAGAGACCCAUAGCGGAUACAGUGGUAGCUGGGUCUCGCUCUGGCUGUGACUGAGUACGAGAACGAGAGAGUGGGCGCGGCUCACCGAGGACGCGCUCGUGAAUAAUAAUGAGCAAGGUCAGUGCGACGUCAGAGGGACCUGCUUUUUCAAUUGGCCUGGUUUCCUCGUUCCUUGAUUUUAAACCUUUACAGAAUGCAAACGACGUAACAGUUUGUUUUCACAUUUACAACAUAAGACGAACAUAAUAUGGACCUUAUCUGACACAAAAAACCCCAAAAAUUACAUUUUUAUGGCAGGUCCCCUUUAAGAUAAACAGUUUAAUAGGUGUGUAUACACACUGAAUGGUAGUAGGUGGCGAUAUAAACCCUUUCUUCCAUCAAUCAUCAUGGGAAACAUCAACUCUCUGCCCAACAAAAGCGAUGAGCUGGAGAUAUUGGUGAAGACUGAGCUCAGUAUUGAGUCCUGCCACAUCCAGAAAUACUCAGAUGACACUGCUAUUGUGGCAAGUAUCAGAAAUGGACAAGAAGCUGAAUACAGAGAUCUAAUAGGAGCCUUCAGUGACUGGAGUCACAAACACUGCCUCCUCCUCAACACCACAAAGACAAAGGAGAUGGUCAUAGAUCUGUUGGAGAAAUCUUGGGUCACUUAUCAGCUGAUGGCUGAGAGAGAUUAUCACAUCUUUUGUCCCAGAAGAAGCCAGAGCUGCUGGGUGAGUGAAACAGAAAACUGUUCAACCCUGAAAGAGAGUCUCUCCAUCUGUUUUUUUUCCUCUGUUGACAACAAAUUGAUAAACUUCUUGGCAUUCAAAUAGAAUACAUAGACUGGAGUCUAUUCUAAAGAACAUGGAUCACCCACUUUACAGCACCUUGAUGGACCAAAGGGCCAAUGGUGAUGGACGGCUCCUCCCUCUUCGCUGCAGGAAAGAAAGAUUCAGAAGAUCUUUUGUACCAACAGCCAUCAAGCUUUAUAACUCUUAUGUAAAUAAUAGAUAACUUUUAUAGACAUAUUAUGUGAGACAACAGACAAUUGAAUUUCCCUUUGGGGAUCAAUAAAGUUCUUCUUAUUAUUCUUAUUCUUACAUCUUUGGCCAUAGUGUCAGUCUGAAACAGCAGAUAAGAUUUGUUCAGGGAGAUUAAACCUGGUCAGAAACUGGAUCCAGACUGGUUCAAACCAUGAAAACAGUACCUCUCCUACUUUUAUAAAUGUUUAAGACUUGUGAUGAUCCUUUGUUUUGAUUGUUCCAGGUAUCGUAUCCUGAACCCCAGUGCUAUCCCUGAGGGGCAGUUUAUCGACAACAAAAAGGCAGCAGAAAAGCUUCUGGGCUCGCUGGAUAUUGACCAUGAGCAGUAUAAACUGGGACACACAAAGGUGGGUGGGUUUACAUGACCACAUUUUUUCCUGUCUUAGUUCAAAUCUUCCUGAUUGAAGAGUCUGUGUCGUCUCUCUGCUGUGGUAUGAUCUCCUCUGAUCUUGUGUUUGUUCUUAUGCAAUCUCCAAUCAUGAGAGAUGAGAAAAAAGCAUUUGCAAAAUAUCAGCUAACAGAAUAAAACUGGAAUGAGUGUAUGAAGGGCUGUUAAACAAUACAAUACAAAUGCAUCAUUCUUGGCAUUUUCUUGUCACCCUUCCUUUGGAUUUAAAUUACACUCCAACUUGCUGUUUUAGUCAGACCAAGUGUUUAAACAAGUCAUUUUACUCCAAUUGAGCCUUUUUUUUUUCUGAUAAGAAUUGGUCCUGUAAACCGUCCAGGUCACCUGGAUUUUGUUGUGUAUGUCAUCUCUUGUAACUUGAAAACACUUAAAAAGAACAUGGAAGUCUUGAGGGUGAAAUGAGGGUCCUCUUGGACAUUUAAAUUAAAAAAAUAAAAAAAACAAGAUGAGAGUACUGAACGUACCAAUUCACCCAACAGAUGCUCGACCUCCAUCACCUUUAUUAUUGCCAUAUUGUCAUGAAACCUGAGUACUUAAACAAUAGAUUGGAGCACAUCAUACACAAUGUAAACAGAUAAGACUGAAUUUCCAUCAUAUAAACUCACUUAGUGACUGAAAGAGCAUAAUUCAUGUUAGAAAAGUAAUCCUGAGAGGUCUGCUUUUGCUAAAACUGUUUUUAUUUGCAGUGCAGCAAGUUAUAAUAGAGUGUGGCUCUGUUUAGAGCUCUCCGUGUUCUACAAAGAAAAGCCUGAAGCAGUGAGGGCAGCAAAGACCCAGUAAAACAAAGCAGCAUCGUUGAGGAUAGAAAAAAAAAAAAACAUUAUGGGAAGAGGAGCUGAGGUGGAGGUGUUUAGGAAGGUGGGUUAGAGUACUUAGAUGGGGCAUCAUGUCUGAGAUUUUUAAUGGGUACCUGGAGGUAAACCAGCAGGUUCAUCUGUUUAUCAUCAGCUGAAAGAAUCAGAGCUUAAUUGGCAUUUCUCCCUGUACCAAAGCAUAGCUCAAACUGAAGUGGGUAGAGUUUUUAAGUCAUGGUUGUUUUCAGGUGUUCUUCAAAGCUGGUCUGCUGGGUGUUCUUGAGGAGAUGAGAGACGACCGUCUCGCUCUCAUCAUCACUGGAAUUCAAGCGAGAUCUAGAGGAUUACUUGCCAGGAUUGAGUUUCAGAAGAUUGUUGAACGCAGGUUUGGACAUUUAAUGUUUUCUUUACAAAGCAGCAAAAUACCAUAAACAGAUUUAAAACUACUGAUGAUAUCUUCAGGGAUGCUUUACUGGUGAUCCAGUGGAAUGUGCGGGCCUUCAUGGGGGUCAAGAAUUGGCCCUGGAUGAAGAUGUACUUCAAGAUCAAACCACUCCUGAAAUCAGCUGAGACUGAGAAGGAGAUGGCAACCAUGAAGGAGGAGUUCACAAAGCUGAAAGAGGCUUUUUCCAAAUCUGAGGCACGAAAGAAGGAACUGGAGGAAAAAAUGGUGACCCUUCUCCAAGAGAAGAAUGACCUUCAGCUCCAAGUCCAAUCUGUAAGUUCUGUCAGUCAGUGCACAUCAGCCUUACAGCAAUGUAUUUGUACACAUUGAGAAUAAGACCAUUGUCUGUCUGCAGGAACAAGACAAUCUAGCAGAUGCUGAAGAGCGCUGUGAGGGUCUGAUCAAGAGUAAGAUCCAGCUUGAGGCCAAAGUCAAAGAGCUGACAGAGAGGCUGGAGGAUGAGGAGGAGAUGAACGCGGAGCUGACUGCCAAGAAGAGGAAACUGGAAGAUGAGUGUUCAGAGCUGAAGAAGGACAUUGAUGAUCUGGAGCUGACUUUGGCUAAAGUGGAGAAGGAGAAGCACGCCACAGAGAACAAGGUAAGGGACUGGUCAGAAAAUAUUCCUUUGAUGAACUGCAGAGUAAUUCAUUCAUGCUGGUUUGAGAUGGAUUAAAAACAUAGACUGUAUAUACUAUGGACAACUUGGUUCCGCCUUCCGCCAGUAUACAGAUUUGAAACCGAAAAGUUCUCUGUAUUUCCGCGAUUUUUCUCCACUUCCUGAAACCAACAUUGAGCAGUAGUGUUGCAAGUGUUUGGCGGGAGAGUCACUGAAAGUCACUGUGAUGACGCUCGGCUCAAACAGUAUAUCCUCCAGGCAAGCUACGAAAUCUUCCUACGCCCAUAGGCUGUGCCAAGUGUCAAUCAUAGAAAACAUGAACCCCCUAGUAACUUUUAAAAAUGGAGCUGUACAGAAAAAAAAGAGGACUUGAGCACAAACCAGUCUUACUGUAACUACAUGUCAACAUCACAACCAGGUGGGGAAAAAAAUUAUAUUCUGUGUAAGUAAUUUCUAAAGUUUGUCCACAGGUCCAUAGGUUUGGCUGAUGGAGGCGGGAUUUAUGACCUAUACUGCAGCCUGUCACCAGAGGGUGCUGUUCUCGUGGUGGCUUCACCCUGCAAGGAGGCAGACAGCGUCUAUCCUAUAUACAGUCUAUGGUUAAAAUAGGUCUGAUAUUUCUAGAUGGGCCUUAAUCUUUGUCCAUCUUGAGGUUGGGUGCUUGUAAUACAUCAGACAAAGAGUUUGGUCUAGACUUGCUCUUUUGGAAAGAGACUUCGGAUAACGCUUCUUGUCAUUUGGCACCAUAUAAAUCAAAAUUGAUUGAUUGAUGAGAAUAUUUCCUGUUUUUCCGAACUGACACAAACAAUGAUCUGGUCUUUAAGGUUAAAAACCUGACUGAGGAGAUGGCAGCUCUGGAAGAAAUCAUUGCUAAACUGACCAAGGAGAAAAAAGCUCUACAGGAGGCUCAUCAGCAAACUCUGGAUGACCUGCAGAGCGAGGAAGACAAAGUCAACUCGCUGACUAAGGCCAAAGCCAAACUGGAGCAGCAAGUUGAUGAUGUGAGUAAAAUGGCAUUCAAGACUAAAUCUUACUUUCAGAGACACUAAAGGAGUAAAUAUUUCUGUUCUUUCUAAAGCUCGAGGGAUCAUUGGAGCAAGAGAAAAAGGUGAGGAUGGAUCUGGAAAGAGCAAAGAGAAAACUGGAGGGCGACUUAAAGUUGACCCAGGAAAGUGUAAUGGAUCUGGAGAAUGACAAACAGCAGCUGGAGGAGAAACUCAAAAAGUAAAAGGAGAUUUUUAUUACAACAACAAAUACAAUUUCUAACCCUGGAAAACAGCUGAUUAAUAAACUCAACCAUCUUAACACUGAAUACAGGAAAGACUUUGAAAUCAGCCAGCUGCUGAGUAAGAUUGAAGAUGAACAAGCGAUGAGUGCACAACUCCAGAAGAAACUGAAGGAGUUACAGGUAGCUGCAAAUAGACAGCUUUACAUGUUUUAUUGUUUCUUUUAACAAAAAAAAAACUUUCUAUAAAUUUACAAUCAUCUAUUGAUUAGGCUCGCAUUGAGGAGCUGGAGGAGGAGCUGGAAGCAGAACGAGCUGCUCGAGCUAAAGUGGAAAAACAAAGAGGUGAUCUGGCCCGAGAGCUGGAAGAGAUCAGUGAGCGGCUGGAGGAGGCUGGAGGAGCGACUGCCGCCCAGAUUGAGAUGAACAAGAGGAGGGAGGCUGAGUUCCAGAAGAUGCGGAGAGACCUUGAAGAGGCUACUCUGCAGCACGAAGCCACAGCUGCAGCCCUGAGGAAGAAGAACGCAGACAGCGUGGCCGACCUGGGAGAGCAGAUUGACAACCUACAGAGAGUCAAACAGAAGCUGGAAAAGGAGAAGAGCGAGCUAAGGCUGGAGCUAGAUGAUGUGGUCUCUAACAUGGAGCAGAUCAUCAAAGUUAAAGUACGAUGGACAACAAGCAGGUUUCUGUUUUGUGAAUGAAAGGGUGUUAGCUUACCUUAGCACAAAGACUGUCUCAACAUUCUGACACCUGAUCAACAGGGCAGAGAAGGAUGAGCCCCUGGUAUCUUAACUUUUCUGCCCAAUGAGUCCAUGUAGGACUAACUAACAUACAAACAAGAUCAUUUCCCUUCAUUUCAACUUCAUAAUCUAGCAAACCACUCCUUUUCUGCCUUUUUUUUUUGAAUGAUUCCACUUUUAAACUUGAGAAAUGACGUAAAAGUACCAGAAAGUCUUUCUAACGCAAUAAUACACCAAAUAAUGCCUCUGCAGUCUCUGACUUUAAUACUGUAGUAUCAGUGCAUGAUACAAAUGUAAACUUAAACAUGGAUGUAUCAUAAACAUAAAUAUAUUGUUCAGUAUGAUGUCAAAUGUUUGGAUUUCAGGCCAACCUGGAGAAAAUGUGCCGCACGCUGGAGGAUCAAAUGUCGGAGUAUAAAGCCAAAUCUGAAGAAGGCCAGCGUACCAUCAACGACUUCACCAUGCAGAAAUCAAAGCUCCAGACUGAAAAUGGUAAAAUCAGUCUUAUUCUGUUACUGAAAUAGUUCCAGGUGUUAAAGGAUUUAUCACCUCCAUCUUGACAAACACUUUCAUUUUCCAGGUGAGCUGGCGAGGCAGCUGGAGGAGAAGGACUCGUUGGUAUCCCAGCUGACUCGAGGGAAGCAGUCGUACACUCAGCAGAUCGAAGAUCUGAAGAGACAACUUGAAGAGGAAAUAAAGGUCUGUUGUUACAAAUCUCUGAUGUGAAAUUUAGAGCCUGACAUCUUUUAGAAAAAUUACCAGAUCUUAUGUUUCCUGAAGGCCAAGAACGCACUCGCCCAUGCAGUGCAGUCUUCCCGUCAUGACUGUGAUCUGCUGAGAGAGCAGUUUGAGGAGGAGCAGGAGGCCAAAGCCGAGCUCCAGCGCAGCAUGUCCAAGGCCAACUCAGAGGUGGCUCAGUGGAGAACAAAGUACGAGACUGAUGCCAUCCAGAGGACGGAGGAGCUGGAAGAAGCCAAGUAGGAAUUUAAACAAUAAGAGAACAGAUCACAAAUUUUUACACCUGAUUUACCUUCAACUGUGUCUUAAUCUCAAUGUAAGGAUUUUGUAUUUUCAUUGUUUCUGUUAUCAGGAAAAAGCUAACCCAGCGCCUACAGGAUGCAGAGGAAGGUGUUGAAGCAGCUAAUGCUAAAUGUUCCUCUCUGGAGAAAACCAAACACAGGCUUCAGGGAGAGAUUGAAGAUCUCAUGGUGGAUGUGGAGAGAUCCAACGCUGCCGCUGCUGCUCUGGACAAGAAACAAAGAAACUUUGACAAGGUGACAACCAUAAACUGCUCUGAUCCAAAAUAAAUACAGAAAUAAAGAGAUACUGUUUCCAAAAUAAUUCUGGAGUCACACUAUUUGACAUUCAUAUCAGGUCCUGGCUGAGUGGAAGCAAAAGUAUGAGGAGUCCCAGACUGAGCUGGAAAGUUCCCAAAAAGACUCUCGAUCUCUGAGCACCGAGCUCUUCAAACUGAAGAACUCUUACGAAGAAUCUCUGGAUCAUCUGGAGACCAUGAAGCGAGAGAAUAAGAAUCUCCAAGGUAAGAGGAUAAGACAGACGGUAAAGGGUAAUGAUCUGUGAUUAAUAUCACAGAUUGGAAUGUGGCAAACUUGGGAGACAACUAAGUAGCAAAUCUGAAAAAAAAUCAAAAAUUCUAGAGGAAAGAAAUAUUAUCUGUGAGGCAAAAAUGGUGAAUUUUGAGGAAAAGGUGACGAUAAUGAUAUAAUUUGUGGGAAAAUUUUUCAAGAAUUCUGAUCCAAAUAUUACAAAUUUGGGGGAAUAUACAGCCUCUUGUUUUUUAUUUUUUUUUUUUUAGAAAAACAAGGGAAUAUGUGAGAAAAAAACUUUCAAGUUUAAAGAUAAAGUCACACAUUUCUUUAAAAAAAAGGGCUAAAUACUGAUAAAGCCUAUAACUGAAAGAAAAAAAAAUGCAUAUUUGUAAGAAAAGUCAUAAAUUUGCCGGGAAGUCAGAAACUUUUUAGUUAGAUUUAAAGUUUAAAUUUGUGAGAAAUUAUGCAGAAUGUUUCUCUGAAAACCUGAGUUGCAGCUGUUGUGCAUCCUGUCUGUUAUGUUGGAUCUCAUGAAAUUGUAUCUUUCAGUCAGACUGUUCAUAAACUAACUUCUCCAUUAAUUUCACUGUAUGAAAGUUUAUCUGAUGAAGCCGUCUCUUUGUUAUUGGAGCUUUAGGGUUAUUCUUAGUGGUACCUGUGAUGCAUGCUCAUAUGUGCAUGUGCACAGUUAUCUCCUUCAAAAGGUCGUGUAAACACACCACUGAGAGGAGUUUACAGAGUAUUAGCAAACUGUAAAACACAGGAUCAAGUACUUUUAUGAGCAUUUCAAUUAUGCUGAGAGUCUCGUCAUGAUGAUCUGUUACUAAUAAUACGAAAACAUGACUGGUGAUGGCAAACCUCAAUAAUGAAAUUUAAAAAUGUAUGAAAACAGGAGAAAUUUCUGACCUGACUGAGCAACUUGGUGAGGGUGGAAAGAGUGUCCAUGAGCUGGAGAAGAUUCGUAAGCAGCUUGAGCAGGAGAAGACUGAGAUCCAGUCUGCUUUGGAGGAAGCUGAGGUAAAACUAAUGCUGACAGCAUUUUUUUUUUAACAAAAUUUUUCAAAAUUUUUCUUUGAAUGACAAGCAGGGAUUUGUUUCUUACAGGGUUCACUUGAGCAUGAGGAGGGGAAGAUCCUGCGAACUCAGCUGGAGUUCAACCAGGUGAAAGCCGACAUGGAGAGAAAGGUGGCUGAGAAGGAUGAGGAAAUGGAGCAGGUGAAACGUAACCAUCAGAGAGUGGUGGACACCCUGCAGAGCUCACUUGAGUCUGAGACUCGCAGCAGGAAUGAGGCCUUGAGAAUAAAAAAGAAGAUGGAGGGAGACCUGAAUGAGAUGGAGAUCCAGCUGAGUCAGGCCAACAGGCAGGCGUCUGAGGCUCAGAAGCAGCUGAAGGGAUUCCACACUCACCUGAAGGUACGAUAGAUAUCUGGUUAUUUAACAAGGUUUGAACUGACAUGUAGUUUUCUCAUGAGUGGAUCUGGUCAAGCACUGAUCUCUUCUUUGUACUGUUAAAUCGUUGUGAUCAGGACUCUCAGCUGCAGCUGGACGACGCUCUACGGGCGAAUGAUGAUCUGAAGGAGAACAUCGCCAUCGUGGAGCGGAGGAACAACCUGCUGCAGGCUGAGCUGGAUGAGCUCCGGUCUCUGGUGGAGCAGACGGAGCGAAGUCGUAAACUGGCCGAACAGGAGCUGCUGGAUGUUAGUGAGAGAGUUCAGCUGCUGCACUCACAGGUACAUCAGUCUUUGAAGAACAAACUGUUAUUCAUAAAGAUUGCUAGAAAAAGAGAAUCAUUGCCGCAAAGAACUCAUAAGUUUAAAACUGUGGCUCUGUGCAGAACACCAGCCUGAUCAACCAGAAGAAGAAGCUGGAGAGCGACACCACUCAGCUUCAAAGUGAAGUGGAGGAGGCGGUUCAGGAGUGCAGAAAUGCUGAGGAGAAGGCAAAGAAGGCUGUGACUGAUGCCGCCAUGAUGGCCGAGGAACUGAAGAAGGAGCAGGACACCAGCGCUCACCUGGAGAGGAUGAAGAAAAACAUGGAACAAACCAUCAAAGACCUGCAGCACCGUCUGGAUGAAGCGGAGCAAAUCGCCCUGAAAGGUGGCAAGAAGCAGGUCCAGAAGCUGGAGGCCAGGGUGACUAUUUCUAAUUUGCAGUUAAAGUCAAAGUUUACUUUGGAUUUUUUAUAUAUAUGUUAAAGUUAUUCCAUCACAUUCUGUUGUUUUCAGGUGAGAGAGCUGGAGAAUGAGGUAGAUCUGGAGCAAAGGAGAAGCAGCGAGUCAGUGAAAGGUGUCCGCAAGUAUGAGAGACGAAUCAAAGAGCUCACCUACCAGGUAAAUAUUAUAUUAAAGGAACAGAGAAACAUGGAAUGACUGAAAAAAGUCUAAUAUUAACAAUGGAAAUGCGCUCAUAAACAGACGGAGGAGGAUAAGAAGAAUUUGAGCCGCCUGCAGAACCUGGUGGACAAACUGCAGCUGAAGGUGAAAUCUUACAAGCGAGCUGCCGAGGAAGCUGUGAGUGACACCUCUUCACCUUUAUUUAUCACACAAAAGUCUCACUUCUCUUAGAUUUUUAGGUUUUUAUUAAUCUUUUUUCAGGAGGAGCAGACAAAUGUUAACCUGGGAAAGUUAAGGAAGUUACAGCAUGAGCUGGAAGAAGCAGAAGAGAGAGCAGAUAUCGCUGAGUCUCAGGUCAACAAGAUGAGAGCCAAGAGCCGUGACCCUGGAGCCAAGGUCAACCAUCAAUAUAUGAAUGAGUUAAAUGAUAGGACACAAACAUAUCAGUAUGUCAAAAUAGUAUAUUAAGGUGUGAGGUAAUUUUAGCAUCAAUCUUUUUAAAUAUUCUGAUUAAAAAUUCUGAUUUCGAUCCUGGGUCACAUUUGAAACCUUGUGACGAGCUGUGAAAAGAUCUGAUUUUGAAUUUUA